GUGACAUAACUGGGCAUUACAUAGCUUCACAUAGCUUAACAGUGUACUUGGCUAAGCACAUGACUGUUUAACUAAUGUAACGCUACAUGUAUUGAUUUAUUUUCCUCUGAGUUUUACUGUUGUGAUGUGCUUCCCCCUGUUUGGAUUUGGUAGCCACAUGCUAAGUUGAUGUUAAUUAAUGUUAUGCUUCACACAAACAGAUUCUUUGCAUGUUGACUAACUCUCUUUUAACCUGGCACUGUUUAUCCUACACAGUUCACACAUCCACAUUUGACUUUUAACAUAGUCACACUAGAGAGAGAUAAACAAUACUUUCUGUCACUUUUUGAUUGAUGGAUGAUGGAUGGUGACCUUUGACCUUUGAUUAACCCCCCGGGAACUCCCUCAGAUUGUCCUUUGUAAUACUAUUGCCCUAAAGACAGUUUGAAAUCGGCUAUACAUCCUGUGUCCCUAAAAGAUCAAUGUUUCAAGCUCUUUCUGAGGGCCCAUUGUAUGAAGACAGAUCAAGAAAUGUCUCUUUUAUGGUCUUAAGGCAUAUUUAAAAAAGAUUAUACUUUAAAGUUUCACAAUAUCAUAAUAGGAAAUUACAAUAAGUGUCUUUAACACUGUGCCUGAUGUCAAAUGUCAAAGUACAUUCGUAUGUAUCUGUGUGAAGCCUCGUGUUGGAGCUCUGGAUAAUAAACAUCUCAAAUGACAAGAAAGUAAAUUAAUUGUUAAACCUCAGAGGCUAAUCUCUGCAUCAAACACACACACACACACACACACACACACACACACACACACACACACAGGAAUCAGAGAAGAUCAAGAGGUUAUGUGUUGACAGGCCGGAGUCGGCUCCCUUUAGCUGUCACCCCGCACCUGCAGUUAAUUAGGGGUAAUUUAGAUAGAAAUGGGAAUGUUUGCAUAUGAGUGUUGGCAGACCGGAACCGGCAUCCUGUCGAUAUAGACUGUUUGGUCAUUGCAUUGUUUUCACACACACAGGAACUUAUAAAGAUAAGGGUUACCUAGUGACUGUGGAUAAUAAAAACUUGGAGAAUGGAUCGCAGCGUCCUUGUGAAGAUCAAGAAGAUUGGAGGAAGUGUGAAAUUUAUGCAUUUACAUAGUAUUGUGUACCUGGAGGAGCACUAGGUAUAUAACCAGUUGCAUCCGAUCUAGCAGGGAUAAUGUGUGUGUGUGUUUGGAGAGGUCUCUGUGUUGUGCCUCCAUAUCUAUCUGAGAGAAUAGAACUUCUGAACCUGACAGCGGAGAAUGGCUCAAGCAUCCGUGACUCUAAACGGAGGGGUGAACCUUCAAGCAGAGGAGUCUGAUUCAGCAACUGAUACCUCAACAUCCGAAACCUCGUCUGAUACUGACUCCUCAUCUGUGCUUUCAGAGGCAGUACCAGAUCUGUGGGGCGAAUUGGACCAAUAUUUCCAAGAAGGGUUAUCGCCAUCAUCGCAGCCACAGGAUGACGCAACGGGGCAUACCUCAGACGGUCAAAACAUUAUACAUUCUUUAGAGGCUGCCCAGUUAACCGGAAGAGAUCCGGCUGAUGUGAUACCGCAUCAGAAUUUUGAAGAUCAACCGCCAUUUCACCGGGAGUCCGUCUCACCCGCUAAUCAACCGCUGAUGACCGCGGAGAGGCCUCAACCAGCGGACAGGGAUCCAGGAUUCUCAUCGGGUCGCAACCGCAGGAGAACCAGUUCUGAGAUUCCAUACCCGAGAUCCCGCGGGGCUUCCAGCGAAGGAUUUCCAUCGGCACGUUCAAACAGACCCAGGUCCAGACCAUCCAGGUGUCAUCGCUGCUGCGGAGCUACACACCAGCAAUUGGAGCUGAUGUCUAGAGCCUUUUGGCUCCUCUGUCCGAAGUUAGGUGUACAAAGUGACAAUUUGUAAACUGUUUCAGACUGUGAUUUUUAUCAUCUGUAUAAUUGCAAUGAUGCUGAUUUAAGGUUUUUAAAAGCGUUUGAUUUGUAUGAGGUCAUGGAUCAACACGCAUUAUUAGCUUUGUUAGAGAGUUUAACAGACACAGUAGCACAAAAUCUCCAGAAUGCGUCGGGUUUUCAAAACGAUUUAACUGAACGUGAUUUGAAUGAAAACGACGCAGCCGCUACAUCUAACAGCUCCGAACAGCCUGUAGAUCCUCUCCUUGCUUUAAAUCAAGCUCUCGCUAACCUUGAACAGUUAGAGAAUGAAUCAUCACCAAAUGAAACAAUCAGAAUAAAUAAUGUCCAACUCGAACAAAGUCCCACUUUAUCAGACCCUCAGACGCCUCCAAACUACAUCGAUCUCAGCAUACCCAGUCCUCCCGUGCAGCAGGGAGGUGCUCAUAUUUCCCCACAACCACGCGUUGUGCGGCGAAGCCGAUUUGCAAAUUAUCAAAUCAGACAGUUGUUAAACUUUCCACCCCCUCUUAACGCUGAUGGAAUAGUGGAUUACAGCAUUUUUUACAAUACAGCUCUACAGCAUGCCGAUGCAUUACUACAAAAUGCAUUAGCAUACGUGACUCCUCGGGACGCGGUACAGUUAGAGCUGCGCGGGGAAAAUCUCCCUAGUAACGUCUCGGUCGUCUUGUCUAAUGACGAGCUCCCCAGCCUAGCCGACUUUGAAAGGCUCUUACUCCGUGUUGUGCAGUCUAACUGGGCCGUUAUGGCCGAUGGUCAGCUAGAACUUGUUGUAGAAGUGAUCCAGAACCCUAGGGGUGGGGGGAAACGAGUUCUUGGGAAAAUGCUAGACAGUGAAAUCAUUAAAAAAAAAAAACGUUUUCUGUACGUUGUCCACAACAGAGAGAAUCAACUAUGUUUUGCCAUCUGUCUGGCUCAUCUGUUAGAUCCUGAUAUCAGCGAUAGAGAAGCCCUCGAACGCGGUAGACAGAUUCAAAUUGAUGUAGGAUUAGACGAGCAGACAGCUGUAUCCUUUAGCGACAUCCCUAAAUUUGAAACCGCGUUGGACUGUACAAUUGUAGUGUUUUACAGAACCGAGGAAGACAGAGCUCUCCGCAAAUUCUUGACAAAUAGCCCAAGACGGAGUAAAACCCUGAUUUUGUUUCUCUUCCAAAAUCACUACUAUGCGGUUAAAAAUCUCAAAGCCUUUCUAGGUUCGCCUUAUGUUUGUGAGCACUGCUUUACAGGUUUCAACACCGUGUUAGGCCAUACUUGUGAAGCUCGUUGCACCGUAUGCUUUGACCCCGGUUGCACACAGAGGCCGUGUGAACCUGUUGUGUGUGACCAAUGCAACAGAACGUGUCGCUCGCCUUUCUGUUUGGC